AUGUGCAAAUUAAGUUAUCAAGUCAACAAACCUGAAUAUGGCUUCAUCCCUCUUGGAAACAAAUCAUCAACUGAUGAUGCUCCCUCUAAGUAUCUGGAUUUCAUUAACCACCCAUCAGGUUUGAAAGUUGUGCAAUCAUGCAAUGGAUUGCUAUUAUGUAGUAGCUCCCGUUAUUACAACAAUUUCAAUUAUGAUUAUUACAUUUAUAAUCCUACAACCAAACAAUUUGUUACUAUUCCUUUACCAAGUAACCUGCAGAAUGCUAGAAUUGUAUGUCGUUUGAGCUUAGCAUUUGAUCCAACCAAGUCACUUCACUAUAGAGUUGUAUGUGUUCGAAACCCCGACCCAUGGCUCAACAUUUCGGAUGAUCCGGAAUCGGACUAUGUGAGCCAACAAAUCGAAAUAUACUCCUCCCAAACUCGUUCCUUGAGACUCUCCGGUAAAUCUUUCCUUGCCCAUGUCAACACUGGGUUUGGUGGUGAGCUGUUUUGCAAUGGUGCCAUUCAUUGGCUUGGUGCAUGUAACAAUACUUCUUUCUAUUUCAACGCCGAAGAAGAGGAACUUCGAGAUUUGCCAAUGCCAUCAAUUCCCGAUGAUUGGGAAUGCCUUAGGCGGGUUCUGUAUUUCGGGGAAUCUCCAAACCAUUUGCAUCUUAUCGAAAUAUAUCCACCUCCAACAAGUCGAUUCAGUGUGUAUGAGGUUGAGAGUGAUUACUCUGGGUGGUUUGUGAAGUAUAACAUUGACCUUGAUCCACUAAUGGUAAGGACUUAUCGGGAUCCUUCGGAUUUGAACUAUUACGCGUUUUCCAUUUUUUAUAUUGUUAGGGAAGCAAAUGAUGAAGAAUCAUACAUGGUAUUGCAUAUACCUGAGAAGGCUGUUCGGUAUAGUCUAAAAGAUGGCAGCUUCAAGAAAAUAUGUGAUUUGGCUGCAAAUGAAGCUGAGAAGAGACCUCGGAUGCGAAUUAUCCGAAGAUCCACUAAACAUUCUCAAAAUGCUGAGACCAUUGCCAAUAACUAUGAUCUUCUCAUACAGAUUUUAGUUCGUUUACCUGUUAAAUCUCUUCUCCGAUUUAAAUCUGUUUCGAAAACCUGGCACUCUAUCAUCUCCAAUCCCGAAUUCUCUUGCCAUCUUUUUCCUGACAUAUCGGGCCUCGUCAUGCGGAAUUUGGGUUCUCCAGCCGACAAACCUGAAUAUGGCUUCAUCCCUCUUGGAAACAAAUCAUCAGCUGAUGAUGGUCCCUUUUAA